AUGCGCGCGGCCCAGCCGCCGGCCCAGAGUAACGGACUCGAGCUCCCCCCACCGGAAGUGGGCGGCGGCGCGCCGGGAGGAGCCGGCUACUGUGGCGUGGCGGCGGGCGGCGGAGCCGGGCGCUCGCGCUUCCAUCUCCACGCGAUGGCGAAGGCCGCCGACGUGCUGCGACUGCUCUUGGGCAUCACCGCGCCAUGGCUGUGGCUGUGGCUGCUGGGUGCCCGGACGGCCCUGGCGUCCAAGGCGGUGACGGCCCACUUGGCCGCGAAGUGGCCGGACACCCCACUGCUGCUGGAGGCCAGUGAAUUUGUGGCAGAAGAAAGUAAUGAAAAAUUCUGGCAAUUUUUGGAAACUGUAAAGGAACUAGCAAUUUAUAAGCAAACAGAAUCAGAUUAUUCUUAUUACAACUUAAUACUAAAAAAAGCUGGACAAUUUUUGGACAAUUUACAUAUCAAUCUCUUAAAGUUUGCUUUAUCUCUGAGGGCAUACUCUCCAACUAUUGAGAUGUUUCAACAGAUUGCAGCUGAUGAGUCACCGCCAGAUGGUUGCAGCGCGUUUGUGGUUAUCCAUGAAAAACACACCUGUAAAAUUAAUGAGAUUAAAAAGCUGCUGAAGAAGGCCUCUUCAAGGCCCAGGCCAUAUCUGUUUAAAGGAGAUCAUAAGUUUCCAACAAAGAAGGAGAACUCACCAGUGGUUAUUCUGUAUGCAGAAAUUGGUACCAGAGCAUUUGGUAAACUUCAUUCAGUGUUGUCUGAAAAAGCUCAAAAUGGGGAGAUUCUGUAUGUUCUUCGGCAUUAUAUUCAGAAACCAAGCUCCCAGAAAAUGUUCCUGUCUGGCUAUGGCGUGGAGCUAGCGAUUAAGAGUACAGAAUACAAAGCAUUGGAUGAUACUCAAAUUAAAACUGCGACCAAUACUACUGUAGAAGAUGAGAUUGAAACAAGUGAAGUUCAAGGAUUUCUCUUUGGGAAACUAAAAGAAAUAUAUCCAGGUCUCAGUGACAACCUGACAGCAUUCCAAAAAUAUCUGACUGAGAGCAGCAAGGAAAUGAUACCUCUCAAAGUCUGGGAACUGCAAGAUCUUAGUUUUCAAGCAGCUUCUCAAAUAAUGUCUGUUCCAGUUUAUGAUGCCAUAAAAUUAAUGAAAGACAUUUCACAGAACUUUCCCAUAAAAGCCAGAUCUCUGACUAGGAUUGCUGUAAAUAAACAAAUGAAAGAAGAAAUACAGGAAAAUCAAAAGGAUCUUCACAAUAGAUUUGCCAUUCAUCCAGGUGAUGCUUGCCUGUUUAUAAAUGGACUUCGUCUUGAAAUGGAUUCUUAUGACCCUUUUAGUAUUUUGGAUGUGCUAAAACUGGAAGGAAAAAUGAUGAAUGGCCUUCGCAAUCUUGGAAUCAACAGAGAAGAUAUGAGCAGAUUUUUAAAAUUAAAUUCACCUAUUUGGGACCAUUCUUAUAUAUUAGAUAUCAGGCAUCCUUCCAUAAGGUGGAUUAAUGACUUAGAAAGUGAUCACAUGUAUGGUACAUGGCCUGCCAGUUGCCAGGAACUACUGAAGCCCGUGUUCCCUGGGAGCAUACCUUCCAUACGCCGUAAUUUUCACAACUUGGUUCUGUUUAUUGAUCCUGUUCAAGAAUAUGCCUUGGAUUAUAUAAAACUUGCCAAGCUCUUCUAUUUUCAUAAAAUUCCUCUUAGAAUUGGUUUAGUGUUCAUUGUUAAUACAGAUGAUGAAGUUGAUGGAGCAAACAAUGCUGGAGUUGCUCUUUGGCGUGCUUUCAACUAUAUUACAGAGAAACAGGAUGUAUCACAAGCAUUUAUUUCCAUAGUACAAAUGUAUGAAGAUGUGAAGAAGCAAAAUAUGCUCACUGUGGAAAAUGUAAAGAGUGUCCUCCAAAAUAAAUUUCCUCAUGCUAAUAUUUGGGAUAUUUUGGGGAUACAUUCCAAAUAUGAUAAUGAAAGACAGGCAGGAGCAAAUUUUUAUAAAAUGACUGGCCUGGGUCCUUUGCCUCAAGCUCUUUAUAAUGGUGAAUUAUUUAACCAUGAAGAACUGAAUACUGAAGAACUGGAAAUGGCUGUUCUUCACAGAAUGAUAGAUACUACAGUAUAUUUACAAAGGGAUGUUAUUAUGGGCACAUUAAAUGAUAAAACAAGAGCAAUUGAUUUCCUUAUGGAGAAGAAUAAUGUCGUACCCCGCCUAAAUCCUUUGAUUUUGCAUACUAAAUUGCAGUACCUUAAUUUAAUAUCGACAUCAGUAACUGCCGAUGUUGAAGAUUUCUCUACUUUCUUUUUCUUGGAUUCACAAGAUAAGAGUGCUGUAAUUGCAAAGAACAUGCAUUACUUAACUCAAGAAGAUGACAGCAUAAUUUUUCCUGUUACUUUCUGGAUUAUUGCUGAUUUUGACAAACCAUCUGGGAGAAAACUGCUUUUUAAUGCACUAAAGCAUAUGAAAACAAGUGUUCAUAGUCGGUUGGGGAUUAUCUAUAAUCCUACAUCAAAAAUAAAUGAAGACAACACAGCUAUUUCCAGAGGAAUUUUGGCAGCUUUUCUUACACAGAAGAACAGCUUUUUGAAAAACUUUCUCAGAAAACUGACAGAGGAAGAAACUGCUACUGCUAUUUACUCUGGAGAGAAAAUUAAAACAUUCCUUCCUGAGGGGGUGAAUACAAAAGCCUUUGAGAAAAAAUACAACACUGUUGGAGUGAGCGUUUUCCGAACUCACCAGCUGUUCUGUCAAGAUGUCCUUAAAUUGAGUCCUGGAGAAAUAGGUGUCGUCAGCAAUGGGAAAUUUAUAGGACCUUUAGAUAAGAACUUCUAUGCAGAAGAUUUCUAUUUGUUGGAAAAGAUAACCUUUACUAAAUCAGUUGAGAAAAUUAAAGGAAUUGUUGAAAAUAUGGAAAUGAACUCAAAGAACAUGAGUGAUCUUGUUAUGAAAAUUGAUGCCCUUUUUUCCUCUUUGCCUAAACAUAUGUCCCGGUCUGAUGUCACAUUUCUUAAAGAGAAUUACAGCGUUAUAAAGAUAAAUCCUCAAGAGGAUGAUAUGUUCUUUGAUGUCAUUGCUGUUGUUGACCCACUGACAAGAGAAGCCCAGAAGAUGGCACAGUUGCUGAUCGUACUUGGCAAGAUUAUCAACAUGAAAAUGCGGGUGUUCUUGAACUGUAAGGGCAUGCUUUCAGAGGCCCCUUUAAAGAGCUUUUAUCGUUUUGUUUUGGAACCAGAACUAAUAUCUGGGUCUAAUGACAUUCUUCGACCUGUGGCAAAAUUCUUGGAAAUCCCCGAGUCACCCCUUCUAACUCUCAACAUGAUGACUCCUGACGGCUGGCUAGUUGAAACAGUGCACAGCAACUGUGACCUUGACAAUAUUCACUUAAAGGAUAUGGAAGGGACUGUUGUAGCUGAAUAUGAGCUAGAAUACCUGUUGCUUGAGGGAAACUGCUUUGAUGUAACAGCAGAGCAGCCUCCUCGGGGCCUACAGUUCACACUUGGCACAAAAAAGAAACCUGUUAUGGUAGAUACAAUAGUGAUGGCCAAUCUCGGAUAUUUCCAAUUAAAAGCAAACCCAGGUGCUUGGAUACUGAAGUUACGCCAAGGAAAAUCUGAAGAUAUUUAUCAAAUAGUUGGGCACCAAGGGACUGACUCUGAACCAGAUCUCAGAGACGUCAUUGUUGUGUUAGACAGCUUCAAAAGCAAGAUUCUGGAAGUGCAAGUACAAAAAAAGCCUGGCAAAAUGAAAGAAGAUGUCCUUACUGAUAAAGAGGAAGAAAAAAAAGGAAUGUGGGAUUCCAUUAAAAGUUUCACAAGAAGAUUGCAUAAAAAAAAUGACAAAGAGGAAACAGACGUUCUGAACAUUUUUUCAGUUGCUUCUGGCCACUUAUAUGAACGUUUCUUAAGAAUCAUGAUGCUUUCUGUGUUACGUAAUACCAAAACACCAGUGAAAUUCUGGUUUCUAAAAAAUUAUCUCUCACCCACAUUUAAAGAGGUCAUUCCCCACAUGGCUAAGGAAUACGGAUUCCAGUAUGAACUAGUCCAGUACAGGUGGCCCCGCUGGCUUCAUCAGCAAACUGAAAAACAGAGGAUUAUUUGGGGUUACAAAAUUCUUUUCCUUGAUGUCCUUUUCCCACUAGCAGUGGACAAAAUCAUCUUUGUUGAUGCUGACCAGAUUGUGAGACAUGAUCUUAAAGAACUUCGAGAUUUUGACCUGGAUGGAGCUCCUUAUGGGUAUACGCCAUUUUGUGAUAGCCGCACAGAAAUGGAUGGAUAUCGUUUCUGGAAAACAGGAUACUGGGCAUCCCAUCUUUUAAGAAGAAAAUACCAUAUCAGCGCCCUGUAUGUCGUGGAUCUCAAGAAGUUCAGGAGAAUUGCAGCAGGUGACAGGCUCCGUGGCCAGUACCAAGCUCUCAGUCAAGAUCCUAAUAGUCUCUCGAACCUAGAUCAGGAUCUCCCCAAUAAUAUGAUUUACCAAGUUGCCAUUAAGUCUCUUCCUCAAGACUGGCUGUGGUGUGAAACCUGGUGCGAUGAUGAAUCCAAGCAGAGAGCCAAAACAAUUGAUCUGUGCAAUAAUCCCAAAACAAAAGAACCCAAACUGAAAGCUGCUGCCAGAAUUGUCCCAGAAUGGGUGGAAUAUGACACUGAGAUACGACAACUACUAGAGCAUCUUGGAAAAGUGAAGAAAAAUGAAAUUUUGACCCAUGAUGAACUCUAGCACUGACCUGUGUGAAGAUGAAAGUGGGAUGAGAAUCUGCCACCUGUUGGCAAUGUGUGGAACUGCUACUUUGGAAGACGACUGAGACUUGGAAGUUUCGUUUAAGAUCAGUGACAUUCCUCUGUUUAAAAAAAGUUACUUAAAAAUACAUAUAUUUAAAGAACUGAGUAAGUUUAAAUUAUAUAAGUGAGUUACAGUGAGUCUUAAAAACUAUAUUUUUCCUUUAUUGCUUAAAAUGCCCGUUGGAUAAACUAUUAUAUUAUUUAAAAAAAAAGCCCGUUGUAGCAGUGAAAGCUGUUUCGCCAAGACUGUGAACUAGCUGGGGUCCGACUGGCGAGGCCUCCGGGUCGCCCUGUCUAUACCCUGUAUCACAGCUGUCUACAUCCAGGUUUCCUUACUCACAAAGCAGUUCAAAAUUUGAGGAAACUCAUGAAAUUUCUGCUGAGAAAGAAAGACUUGUUAUCUCUGACUAGUAAAAUAAACUGAGGGCACUUUAACUACUGUUUCAAAAUGUAAAUGGUGUCACACUAUGAUCAUUUAUCAUAAAAUAUCUGAUGUUUCAAUCCUGUUCUGUAUUUGUAAAAUUUUUAAAGUUUUUAUUUCAUAAAAUGAUACUUGUGGGUUUUGAGCACAUGUAUGUAUUCUU